UGGUGAAUCCCAGCUGCCAUUCAGAAGCUCAUCGGCAUCGGUGAAGACGACAGACAUGGAGUUUGUGGAAGUGUUUGACUCUCCAGGGAAAGGCAGGGGUCUGCGAGCCAUCAAAGAGGUUUGGGCCGGAGACGUUCUGUUCGCUGAACCGCCUUUUGCUUCAGUUGUGUUUGACAGUCACGCCGCCAGCAUCUGUCACAGCUGUUUCCGGCGGCAGGAGAAGCUGCAGCGCUGCGGUCAGUGCAGGUUUGCGCAGUACUGCGAUAAAACCUGUCAGCGUGCCGGCUGGGAAGAGCACAAGCAGGAGUGUGCUGCUAUCAAGAGCUACGGCAAAGUGCCUAAUGAAAACGUGCGUCUCGCCGCUCGUAUCUUGUGGCGUAUGGAUAAGGAUGGAAGCGUGGUCUCCGACACGCAGCUGACCAGCCUGGAGGAGCUGGAGGACCACAUCUAUGACAUCUCCGAAGACGACCUCAAGGACUUCAAAGUCGACAUACAUAACUUCCUAGACUACUGGCCUCGAUCCAGCAAACCGCGCACGGUGGAUAACGUCUCCCACAUCCUCGGAGUGAUCAACUGUAACGGGUUUAUGGUGAGCGAUCAGCGAGGGCUGCAGGCCAUCGGUGUCGGUUUGUUCCCAAACCUGUGUCUGGUCAAUCACGACUGCUGGCCCAACUGCACCGUCAUACUCAACAACGGCAAUCAGUCGGCUGUCGAUACUAUGUAUCACUCUCAGACGAGGAUUGAGCUGCGAGCGUUGGGAAAGAUCAACCCCGGAGAAGAAGUGACCGUGGCGUAUGUGGACUUUCUGAACCUGUCUGAAGAUCGCAGGCGUCUGCUGAAGCAGCAGUAUUUCUUCGACUGCACCUGCGAACACUGCAUCAACAAAACCAAAGACGACCUGAAGAUGGCCGGAGCGCUGGUGGAGGGAGAGAAGGUGCCUGAAGAAAAGGUGAAAGAAAUCACAGAAUACAGCCUGACGAUGCUGGAAAAGAUGGAAAAGGCCCGGCUAGAAGCAAACUACAACGAGGUGGUGAAGAUCUGCCGCGAGUGUGUGGAGAAGCAGGAGAACGUUCUGGCUGACACACACAUCUAUCAGCUGCGCAUGUGGAGCACGCUCAGCGAGGUGCUGUCCUACCUGCAGUUCUUCGAGGAGGCCUCUACAUACGCACGCAAGAUGGUGGAGGGAUACUUGAAACUGUACCAUCCCAAUAACGCUCAGCUGGGAAUGGCCACGAUGAGGGCCGGCGUGACGCACUGGCAGGGCGGCUUCAUCGAGAUCGCUCACGGCAUGAUCUGCAAAGCCUACGCCAUCCUGAUGAUCACCCACGGCCCAAUACACCCCAUCACCAAAGACCUGGAGGCCAUGCGCAUGCAGACGGAGAUGGAGCUGCGCAUGUUCAAGCAGAACGAGUACGUGUAUCACUCCAUGCGUGAGGCGGCGCUGAAGAACCAGCCCAUAAGGAUGAUGGCAGAACCGGCCACCGAGAGCAUCAAGAACCUGUUCCGCAGAAAGUGACCGAACAACACAGUGACAAACACGCUCAGGUCGACGCUACACUCACAUCUAUGCAGACGCUUUCAAUCAGAAAGAGGAACAAAAGCAGCAAUAUUCAGAAUAUACACUCUUAAAAAUAAAGGUGCUUCACGAUUCCAUAGAAGAACGUUUUGUUCCAUAAAGAACCUUUAACAUCUGAAGAACCUUUCUGUUUCACAAAAGCUUCUUCAGAUUAUAAAAGCUAAGAAAGAGAUGGUUCUUUGACUGAAUGGUUCUUCUACGGCAUUGUGGUGAAGAAGCACCUUCAUAUUUAAGAGUGUAUAUACAGUUAAAUAUCUAGAUUAGGAAGCAAAGCUCACACAGCGCUGCUUCAGUUACAGAUUCUGCAUUUAUAGAUUCACCAUGAUUGUGUGACAACUCUAAUAAGAUUUUUUUUAGACUCUUCUUUGUUUUUGAGUGUCAUUUUGAAUUGUAAAGUUUUUUGUAAUUAAAAUUCCAUUAGGUUUAAAGUAUGAUGUUUGUGUUUCAUUUGCUCUUUCAGUGCUCAAGAGAUUGAACGAGUUAUACGGCAUUGUGUCUCAGUGUUUCUCCUCAAAUAGACAUAAAUGAGUCAGUAGUCAUCAUUCAGAAAGAGUGUAGAGCUAUACAAUCAGCGCUCCAAUCAUUAGAUGAGAAAUUACUUCAUACUGACUUUGAUUUUGAGCACAGUUUGAGACAUUAUUUUCUGACACACAUGAAAUGAGCUUUUUCUCAGAAAAAACAGUGGAAAAAGGAAAGUCAUGGAAAAGUCUCAAUUUUAGCUCAAUUUAAGGAGAAACAACUGACAUUAUAGAGAUCUUCAUCAUGUUUUUCCUUCCCAAGUGCAAUUUUUAAAUAUGUUCAUAUUGUAUUUUACUACUUCAAAUUAAACUAAACAAAAAUCAGAAAUGUUGCCCUUAUAAUAUUUUAGAUUUUAGAUUUUCUGUUUUAAUUUGAAUUGUGUUAAAUGCAGUUUUUGUUAUUUUUAAAUGUUUCUCUCUCUCUCUCUCUCUCUCUCUCUCUCUCUAUAUAUAUAUAUAUACAUAUAUAGUAUUUAUUAAAUUUCAUUUAUUAAUUUUAGUUUAUUUUGGUUUUUUUAAGCUAA